AUGACAAGAUCUAUUUAUCAGUCUAUAAAACAACGUAUAUAUUGUAGGAAUAUAAUUAAUAGAAGGAAAUUAAAUGAAAGAAAAUAGUAUAGAUGUUGAUAGAAAUCAAACAAUAAGUGUGCAUCUCAAAAAUGAAUACAAAAAAGUAAAAAAAUAUUAUUGA